CAUUAAUGAGUAUUAUUUGUGAUUGUACUAACUAGUGAUGCUCCCUUCCCCUCCCCUUCCUCACUUCCCUUCUCUUCAUCCUCCAGCAGCGCUCUCAGCCACGGAGGCCAACAAAGCACAACUUGAAAGUCAUUAUUUGGAUACAUUUUUAAAACAACAUCCCAGCGGCUAUGGCGGCAAUAAGGAAAAAGUUGGUGAUAGUUGGAGACGGAGCGUGUGGUAAGACCUGCCUGCUGAUAGUGUUCAGCAAGGACCAGUUUCCCGAGGUCUACGUGCCCACCGUCUUCGAGAACUACGUGGCUGACAUCGAAGUGGAUAGCAAACAGGUGGAGUUAGCGCUGUGGGACACAGCAGGUCAAGAAGACUAUGAUCGACUGCGCCCGCUCUCGUAUCCAGACACUGAUGUCAUCCUGAUGUGCUUCUCCAUCGACAGCCCUGACAGUCUGGAAAACAUCCCAGAGAAGUGGACUCCAGAAGUGAAACAUUUCUGUCCCAAUGUGCCCAUUAUUUUGGUCGGAAACAAAAAAGACCUGCGCAAUGAUGAGCACACCCGCAGGGAGCUUGCCAAAAUGAAGCAGGAACCUGUGAAGCAGGAAGAUGGACGGGACAUGGCCAACAGGAUCAGUGCCUUUGGAUACAUGGAAUGCUCUGCCAAAACAAAGGAUGGUGUGAGGGAAGUCUUUGAGAUGGCCACCAGGGCGGCGCUACAGGCCAGGCGGGGCAAGAAGAGCAAUAAAUGCACCCUUCUGUAAACAGAAGGGCGGCGUGAGGACUGCUUCCUGUUGGUCGGGGGGAAGAAAGGAGCAGAAAGUCAACCCCCACCCCAAAAAAUACACCCACAAAAAAAAAAGAGACUGUUCUCACCAGUUUUUACAAAAGGUGCAACGCUUUUACUUUUGUUGUUGUUGUCUUAAGCUGAAGUUAAGUCAGGUUGUGUCAGUAUUUGAGUAUUUUGAGGCGACAGAAAUACUUUUUUUGUACUUAGUCAAUCGGGCCAUAAUGAAAGCUCCAGCAUGUUGCGUGUGUGCCAACUACAAAGUGCUGAAGCUCCACCUACUGACCUGACGAAUGUUCCCACAGCCUACCAACACUGCGAGCCGUAGUCCAUCAUUUACUCCAACAAGCUCAAGCACACGUUAGUUCGGGGGGCUUCACUUACAAAUCCUUGUGUGCAUUAUAAUGUGGUCCACCACGCCAGACUGGAAUCUUAAAAUUUUGCAAAUGGAAACUUAGUGUUUUGUGUAAUAAAUAACUUUGUAAAGAA